AUGCUGUGUGAUCAACUCCCCAUUUAUCCCGAUCUCCGUGGUAAGGUCGCCCUGAUCACAGGAAUAGGACAGGUUGGCCCAUUAUGUGCGAUCGAUACCGCUACUUGGGGUAACGGUGCAGCAAUAUCUCUCGUUCUGGCACGGAAUGGCGUGAAGGUGUUUGGCUGCGACAUCAACCUUAAAGCUGGAAGUCAGACCAAGCUCCGAAUUCUCAACGAGGUACCCGAUGCUAUCGUCGAUGUGAUGACGGCGGACGUCACAUGUUCGUCGGCGGUGAAGAGUCUUGUCCAAGCAUGCGUACAGAGGCACGGUCGAAUCGAUAUUCUCAUCAACAACGUGGGCCGUAAUGAACCUGGUGGACCGGUUGAAAUAUCGGAAGAAACAUGGGAUGAUCAAGUCAAUAUCAACUUGAAGAGCGUCUAUCUGACAUGCCACUAUGCUCUGCCCAUCAUGGAGUCUCAAGGGGUCGGGUCGGUGGUGAAUGUCAGCAGUAUUGCUGGUCUGAGAUAUCUCGGCAAGGCAGAGGUUGCGUACUCAGCGGCAAAGGCUGCCGUCACACAGUUCACCAAGCACACGGCCAUGCUAUAUGCCCAACGUGGUGUGCGGUUAAACACGGUCCUACCAGGACUGAUGUUCACACCUCUGGUGCAUCACAUUGCCAGCAAAUUCUCCAACGGCAACAGCGUAGAAAGCUUUGUGGCUACGAGGCACGGGCAGGUGCCAAUGGGUCGGAUGGGAGAUUCUUUGGACGUGGCGAAUGCUGUCGUCUUUCUCUCGAGCAACAUAGUCGCAGGAUUCAUAACAGGUCAAGAAGUCGUUGUUGACGGAGGAAUGACUUCUAGUACUGGUCGAAUAUGA